UUUUUUUUUUUUUUCUUUUUCCAAAUUCCAAAUCAGCAGAGAUUUUUCCUUCUUUCGGAUUAGUUAAAAAGGAUGGUGUUCUUUGGCUCUUCCAAAACCAGCAGCAGUCUAAGAAGAAGAAGGAAAUGGCCUUUCUCCCCAUACAAAGGCAAAUGGCAGCAAACCUUCAAUGAGCAGCAAGCCAUGGAAGAACUAAAGAAAGCAGCUGUAAAGGAAGAGCAAAACCCAAAAACCAAUCUCCUCUCUCUUCUCAUUGCUUCCUUCAGUAGCUACGGCUGUGAUCCAAACCCCUCUGCCUACUCCUUUAUCAUCAACCACCUAUCCCAAAGAUCUCUCCUCUCCCAACUCUCCCCGGUCCUUGACCGCCUCGAAAGAAUCGAGAAAUUCAAUCCCCCAGAAAGGAUGUUUGUCGAUCUCAUCAGAAGCUAUGGCAAUGCAGGCAUGCUCCAUGAUGCCAUCGAACUGUUCUACCGGAUCCCGAGACUCAGGUGUGCCCCAACAGUACACUCCCUCAACACAUUGCUUGCUGUUUUAUGUAGAAAAGAAGAUAACUUUGUGUUGGUUCAUGAUGUUCUAAUGAGGACUCUAGAGAUGAAUGUUCGACUCGAGUAUUCUACGUUUUGGAUUCUUGUUAAGGCUCUUUGUAGAUUUGGGAAGGUGAAUUCGGCCACCGAGCUCUUAAAUACGAUGGCAUUGGAAGUUCAUGGGUGCACGCCCGACUCAAGAUUGUAUUCGAUGAUACUCUCAUCACUUUGUAAACAUGCUGGUUCACUUGAAGUUGUCAAUUUCCUUGAAGAAAUGCGGAAGGCUGGCUUUUCACCAAAUGGGAGGGAGUACACAAAUGUGAUUAAUGUUCUUGUUAAGGAGGGGAGGGCAAAGGACGCUUUUGAUGUCCUGAAUCGGAUGAAAGUGGACGGUAUAAAGCCCGAUAUCGUGAGUUACACUAGUGUUCUGGAUGGGUUUUUCUCAGCAGGUGAUUUUCAGAAAGGAGAGGAAGUUUUCGACGAAAUGCUUGUCAUGGGUCUUGUUCCGGAUGCUUUUACUUAUAGUGUUUAUAUCAACGGUCUCUGCAAGAAGGGAGAUUUUGACGGUGCUCUUGAUAUGACUAUUCGUAUGGAACAAGUGGGUUGCAAGCCUGAUGUGGUCGCCUACAAUACGAUCAUGAUGGCGUUAUGCAAGGUUGGGGAUGUGGGGAGAGCGAGGGUGCUCAUGGGGAAGAUGGGGUUGAAGGGUGUUGAGGGGAAUUUGCACACGUAUAGGGUUUUGAUUGAUGGUUUGGUUUGUAAAGGUGCGAUGGCUGCAGCUUUCGAGAUGUUGGUGGAAAUGUUGGAGAGAGGGUUUGUUCCUCGGGCUGCAACUUUGGAUUUGAUGAUAUGUGGGUUGUGUGAAUGCCGGCUCUUCAGCGAAGCAGUACGAGUUCUUGAGGAAAUGCUUGGUAGGUCUGUAGCUCCAGAGGCAAGGGCAUGGGAGUCACUGCUCUCUUGUGUGGAGUUUGAUUCUGGUUGCUCAGAUACUUUGACUGAUUUGGAACUUCUAACGUGGCCGCUGACUGAUUAAAUUGAGUUAUGAUCUGAUGCUCAAUUGAGAGAUAUUAUUUUGGUUUUGAUCCAGAAACAUUGCACAGGUGGGACCUCACCUCAGGGAAGCUAAACUCUUCACCUGAUGUGCCAAUCCCAAUAUCAUAUCAGGAUCAUGGCAAUCUGAGCAGAGGGUUGCCAAUGAACAACUACUGCAUUUGGUUAGGGCUCAACCAGACUGUUGUGUCAGUUCGAAGAGGAAGAUCUUAUUGGGUGUUUCUUCCAUCACCAUCCAUGAUGGGACUCCCCUUAUGAAUGGUUUGCAUCAUAAAAGAAGAGCUGAAGAAAUUGUUCAAUCUACAUUCAGAUAUCCUUGAAUUCUUGCAGCAUUGAGGGGGCAUUUUCAGUAUUGUUUUCAUUUCAGUGUGGCGUUGAAUCAAACUAACCUGCUUUUCCUAGGUCACAACCCAACAUUCCUGACUCUUCUACAUCAGAUUGGGGUUGCCCAAUCGUGAUCUGCUGACCAGCGAGACUACAGGAGGUUGGUCAUUGCCAAGCUUUUGCAUCAGUUCGACCUUACUCCAGCUGAAAUGUCUGAUUGUCCCAGGUCGAAGAAGAGGGCUCCGGUCAGGGCCAAGCUAAAUAGGCUGAGAGUUGCCGCGAAGAAGGCAACUUCUUCUCCUGCUCGUCAUGCUCCUUUGGGCGUUGCUGCCGCGUCUGUAGCCGAUGCCACAGUGGCCGAGGCCGCAGUUGCCCCUCCUGCUUAGCCGUAGGAGGUGGCUGAUUUGGAUAUGCCCUCCUAGAGGGUCGAGUAGGCUCGAGCCGAGGAGGAUCCGGGUGCAAAGGGUGCUUCUGAGCACCAGAGCUCGGCUCUUGGGGGUGCUGCUGCAGGGGGACCCUCAUCCUCGUCCAACCCGAGGCACCUGGUUGUGCUCCUUAAUUAGGGUUGAAGCUCAGUGCCAGAAGAGGAGGUGAACUCCCUACUGUCAAUGCAUCUAGACCGCCUCCUCGGGAUGAUGGCGACCACAACUAUCAAGGAGGCCCUUGGCAAUAUCGCGGUCUAGCUACUCGUGCUCGACUUAAAGGGCCAGAUCAAGGAGGCUGACUGCCAGCUGGGAGCUGCUAAGGCCGACCUCGAAGCAAGGCCUAGGAGCUGUUAGUGGCCAUAGAGGCUCAUGAAGCAUUUCGGGCCGAGGUUGAGGCAGAGGAGUCUCUCUGCGAUUCCCCAAGGACGGCCAUGGAGGAGCACAAGGCUGACCUUUCCUGGUUGGUAGCCUCAACUUCUUAGCCGGAGGCACAAAAGCGCUGAGCUGAAUGCCAGGGUGACCGAGCUGGAAGCUGGUAUCCCGGCGAAAGAGGUGGCUGCAGUGUAACCCUACAGGGCCUCCAAGGACCACAGAGCCAAGUUGGAUGAAUUCUUCAGCAUCGGCUACUACAACUGUCGGGAGGAAGUCCAGAAGCGGUUCCCUAAGCUCGACAUGUCGUGGAUGGACGAUGAGGCCGGCUAAGCGGUUAGGGAUGCUGUUGAACCAGAGAGGCAGGCUGCUGGCAAGGAACCGUUAACAUUAAAAGCCUGACCAGGGCUGUCAUACAAUGUUUUUGAGUUUUUGGAAUUAACAUUUUGAAAAAUGUAUCAUGUUUAUUUUAUAAAGAAUGACAGGGAUAUAUGGAAAGGAUAUGCAGAAAUACAUAGGAGAUUUUAAUAAAUAUCUGGGAUUCUAUCCA